AUGCCCUUCAACCCAAUAUGUAUUUUUUGCUUAGCAGACUGCGAUGCGGAGGGCAAGCUUUCUUCCUGCCACCACUUUUUCUGCUCCCGCUGUGUGCAGCGGAUGACGGCGGACCCAGGCUUUGGUACCUCCUGCCCUAUAUGUCAAAAGCCCUAUCAGUUUUCUUGCUUAAAAUCUAACACCAUUCAGCCUUUGUUUCGUGAUGCUGGUACCACGCUCCAGUACAGCACCAAGCUAGUGUGCAAUCAAAUCUUCCACUACCAGCAGGUUAUUGCUCGUUUGCGUGCCGUUCUCAGGGCGCUGCACGGAAAACUUCAAGUAUUAGAGACACAAAUACGGCAGAAAGAUCAAGCGCUGAUGCGUGCUUUGGAGGAAAAUAAACGUCAGCAACAAUCGUUCUCAAUGAAUCAGACGUGCUCUUCCUGCUUUGCACAAAAUAAUAGUCAGCCGAUGAUGACGGUACAGCAUGCUUCGAUGGGUACGAUGCCCCAGGGGCCACCCACUCCUCCAGUAUCGAUGACGCCGCGGCUCAGCAAUUUUCAGGUCCGCAAGCCCUCCGACGAGGGCUCGCUGAAGGGGUUUGAAUAUCACCGUAAUAGCCACCCGACCUCCUUGACUUCGGGGUGGGAAGCCCGAGCGCCUGGUGGGGAAUCGCAACCCUCCGAGGAGCUCCGACCACUUGGCUGGGCGGAGUCCUCCCAUUGUCUAAAGCGACAUCGUGGUGGGGUUCAAUCCACGCUUGGCGCCUCACCGGCCAACGCGGUCUGCCAAAAAAACACCCCCUCUGAGCGCUACCCUAUGUCCUCAUCGCCCCACGCAUUACUGACGCCAAACUCGUGCUCCAACGCACUCAGCUUCCAAAAGGCUCCCCCAUUUCGCCUUUCCACGCCAUUCGCAAACCCAGCCGCCUUUGGGGAUACACGAGGCCAGCAUGUCCCUCCCCAUCAUGGCGUCAGCGGCAAUGGGGCACCUAAGUUGCUGCAGGGGCUGCUAUCUGGCACACCGUAA